AUGUUGAAUGCGAUCAAUCUCAUCGUGGCUGAGAGGGCAGUUCGUCAAGCAUUGUGGAAGCGCUUCUGGCAAGGCAACGAGCUGGAUCACGAACAACCGCGCGAAUCGAGUUCCGAGAGGACGGCAUUAGCGGAAAGUAUCGACAUCGCCCAAGAGACGCCCGACUGCGGUACUUCUCAACAACUUGGUCCUUCGACAGCGACACGCGGUCCUUGUUUCAUCGAUUCCACGCCAGGGGUACUCGACACAUCCAGUACGGCGCAGAAUGAUGUCGAUGGAACUGGAGUCGGCGAAAGCGAGGAUCGCCAGCGUGAAAGCCAGCCAAGCCAGCAGCAGAUUGCCGAUGAACAACGGCUACACCAGAUUCAGCUUGAGCGAGAGCAGGCGCUGCGAGAUCCAUACUACGUCACUGUGAGACAAGAGGAGUACACCGACUAUACGGACGGACCUGCAAGACUGAUCGGCGCAAACGACGGAAUCAGGAAUUGCCUUGCACUCCUGCUGAGGGCAGAUUUGUCUCAAAGCAUCAAGCUGGUUCUUGACAGACAAAGAUUGUACCUUGCUCAUGAGAACUGGGCCGAGAACAAAGAGUGCGAGAUUCACCAGUUCCAAGUGAUGCUGCUCAACGAGAAGAGAACCCCAGGAGCUGGACUGCGUUCCGUCACGGAUCGAGGUUUGAGUAAUCCCUGGGUAGAGGGGAGGCCGAAAGAUAAACGGAAUCAUGAAAUCGAUCAGGACGUCAUGUGGCGUAUGGGCAAGAACGUGGAUGAUGAGGAGAGAGAAAUGGAACUUCAACUGAAGUACGACGCCGCUGGCCUGCGAAGGUGCCACCUCAGGGUCAUGAAGCAGAUUGAGGAGGCAUUCAUACGCGCGAGGUUGUGGGAACCUGAGGAGCUUGAUGGUGGGUCCCCUGCUAAGUUUUACAACUUCCAGGACGAGUAUUGGAAGGCGUACGAUCAGCUGUUUGGCCCGGAUGAUUAUUUGUGGUGUAGGGAGCCGAAGAAGCUGCACCAGUAUACCGACCCGAAAACUGAGGAGCUAGAUGUGAUCUUGGAGGCAUAUUAUUCAGUGAGGGAGGAAUUCAACGCCGCUGACGUGCAACUGACAUUGGACUAUGACUUUUACGAUCAAGAGUGGCUUGAUCUUGGCAGCAAGGAGCCUGAUGGGAAGCCAGUUCAGAACGCCAGCUAUGACCAUCUCAUCGGCCUCUGGAGGAAGCACGUCGAUUCGGCCCAAGACGCCUUGAAUGUGUUGGAAGACAAGCUGAGGGAAGCAACCAAGGCGGUGGAGGAGGCUGGAUUCGAUUUGUUUGCGGUGAAGUGCUGCAAUUCGAGGCGGGAGUAUCAGAGAUAUCCGUUGAACGGCACGGAGGGGCAGAAUGUGAUUGCAACAAGAUCGGAGCCAUCUCGGCGGAGUGAUGCUCCAGUGCAAUCGAAGACGUGGCGAGAGGGUCGUUCGAAUAGUCUAUAG